GUAAGCCCAUUCCUACGAGGAAUGGAGCAUUACUCCAAGGUCGUUGAGAUGCUGUGCAAUGGCACACCUUAUCUUGCCUGGAUCUGGGCGCCAUUCGUAUUACUUAUUGUAUAUCAACAGAUCGCGGUCGAUUCCAUUAAUGCUUUCGAAAAGUCGAUAGAAGCAUACGGCAAGAUCGCCGAUAUGCUUCCUCGCCUGGACCGACUCAGUCAUGCACUUGCCGACGACCACAACUUUCAGAAUUUCUUUGCUUUGGUCUACUUCGACAUUGUAGAAUUUCACUGGCGAGCCUACAAGUUUUUGUGCCAUGUUGUGCUGUACUCACAACUAAUAGCAUGGGCUAUCUUCUUCAGCUCAAUGUGGGUUGGGUUUGAAUAUCGAUUCAAUGGGAUACUGAAAAACUUAGCAUACCAUGGAGGGCUGGUUGAGAAAGAAGCCGCUGCAGCAGAAAUCUCCGAAGCUGUUCGACGUAGCAAGGCUGACGACGAGAAGUGGGAG